UUUCUCUUCUGCUUUUCCUUCCUCCUUUGUUCGCUCAGUGAGGUUUUAGAGGUGAUGUCAGCGGCCAGCAGCAGUUUCCACACUGUCUCUUUAAUUUGAUCGCAGUCCAGGGGGCAGGAUCGCCCUGUUUUCCUCCCCUUCCCCGCUCCUGGUGUUUGCGCUAACCGCAGCAGCAGCAGCUGCGGGAGUCUUUGCAGGCUGCGGGACACGCAGAGGACACUGCGCUGGUUGCUCAGGAUGCCGGGGAUCUACAACCAGAAUGCAUCAGCAUUCCUCCGGCUUUCAUAGGGCGGAUUAUCCGCAGCUCGCCGUCUUCCUUCCAGCAGCCCCCGGGCUCUGAGCAGCUCCCCUCCGCCUUGAUGCUAUCUGGAGAGCGGCGCAGCGCGGCUGGCAGCGCGGCUCUGUGGGCUUCUGAUUAGGACCUAGAGGUGGUGCUGGGGGGGGGGGAUGGAGGCGGUCAAAAUGGCAGCUGUGCACCGGGUGAUGGAGCUGUGAUGCGGGGGGGCUCGUUUGCUGAUUCCACUGGUGACUGGUGUGCGGGACGCGCGUGAGGGAACGCAGUUUGGAUGUGUCUCCAGAUUUAGCUCCUGUAGCGCAUGGUGAGGGGUGUGGGGCUGAGGGAUGGUCUGUUGGCGCUCAGAGCUGCAGGAUCGACGCUGAGGGACAGGCGGACACGUGCGGGGUCUGGGCUGCGGGACCCGGUUUGCAUCCCGCGAUGCAUUGAAAACAAACCGUCCCUGAGAGCCUGAACGCAACAUUGAUGGAAUGCGAGCCGAGCGGUUCUGAAAUCUCCAGAGCAGCUAAAGAGACACCGAUACUAACAUGGCCGAGGCUCCGCUGAACUCUGACGAGCCUCCAGCGAACGUUGAGAUAGAUCCGGAUUUCGAGCCCCAGAAGCGGCCGCGCUCCUGCACCUGGCCGCUGCCCCGUCCGGAGUCCGGUGCUGGCAAGCCCGGGGCGAGCGACGCUGACGUAAUCCCCGAAGAGGAGGAUGAUGAGGGGGGGAGCGCGGAGGGAGGCUCUGCGCAGAAAGACGGCGGCUCGGUGAAAGAGCCGAGCAGCGGCUCCAUCUCCCAGCCGCUGGAGGUGCAGCGCCGCCCCGGCAAAGAGGAGGCCGCCGACGGAUCCCCUUCCUCCGCACACAUCCCCGGAGCGGCUCUCUGCGGCUCGGCCUCCCAGCAGCUGAGGAAGUCCUCCGCCCGCAGGAACGCCUGGGGGAACUACUCCUAUGCAGACCUCAUUACCCAGGCCAUCGAAAGCUCCCCUGAGAAGAGGCUGACCUUGUCCCAGAUCUAUGACUGGAUGGUGAGGUCUGUGCCAUAUUUCAAGGACAAAGGCGACAGCAACAGCUCUGCUGGCUGGAAGAAUUCCAUCCGACACAAUCUGUCCCUCCACAGCCGGUUUGUGAAAGUCCAAAAUGAAGGAACCGGCAAAAGCUCUUGGUGGAUGGUCAACCCAGAAGGCGGUAAAGGGGGCAAAGCUCCGCGUCGCCGGGCCGUUUCGAUGGACAACAGUAAAUACAUCAAAGGGGCGAGAGGACGGGCCACCAAGAAGAAAGCCUCUCUGCAGGCUGCACAGGACGGCAGCUCUGAAAGCUCCUCCAGCCUCUCCAAAUGGACCGGGAGUCCCACGUCCCGCAGCAGUGACGAGCUGGACGCCUGGACAGACUUCCGCUCUCGGACCAAUUCCAACGCCAGCACGCUCAGCGGUCGUCUUUCCCCAAUCCUGGCUAACCUGGAGCUGGAUGAGGUGCCUGAUGAUGAUUCCCCCCUCUCCCCUAUGCUGUACUCCAGUCCCAGCAGCAUGUCCCCGUCCACAGGACCCACAGGACUCUCCGACCUGGCCGGUACAAUGAACUUGAACGACGGGCUGUCUGACAACCUGAUGGAUGACCUUUUAGACAACAUCAGCCUGACGGCAACUCAGCAGCCUCCUCCUGGUGAGGAAGACCCUGGAGCCAUCAGUCAGGGAGGCUCGGUGUUUACCUUCAGCUGCUCCGGAAGCGGACUGGGCAGUCCCUCUGGAAGCUUCGGGCCAAACCCUCUCUUUAGCCCCACCUCCAUCACAAGCCUGAGGCAGUCACCUAUGCAGACCAUCCAGGAGAACAAGCAGACAACCUUCACUUCCAUCUCGCAUUUUGGUGACCACCAGACCCUGCAGGACCUGCUGAGCCUGGACUCCCACAGCCACAACAACGUCAUGCUCACCCAGUCCGAUCCUCUGAUGUCGCAGGCCAGUACCGCCAUCGCCCUGCAGAACUCUCGCCGAAACGCUAUGCUGCUCCGCAAAGACCCUGUGAUGGCGAAUCCGAGUGGUGGAAGUCCGGCUGAAAGCGCUUCAGUGCCUGGUUGGCAAGCUGGCUUGUCAACCCCUGACAAUGACGGAGGCGGCCACAGGGACGCCAAGCCAACGCACCUGAAGCCCUCUGGCAAAAACGCCUCUAUGCAGGACCGCUUCUCCGGGGAUCUGGACCUGGACGUGUUUAACGGCAGCCUGGAGUGUGACAUGGACUCGAUCAUCCGCAACGAGCUGAUGGAAGCAGACUGCCUGGACCUGAGCUUCGACGCGCGCCUCGACUCCACAUCCACCCAGAACGCCAACAGGAACUCGGGAAGCUUCUCCGGCUCCAAACAGACGUCCCCUCAGAGCUGGGUGCCCAGCUGAGGCGCAGCGGGAGCUCGACCGGCACAUGUGUACAUUUGGGUUCUUUGUCCUGCAUUGUGCGCCCAAAGGGAGAAAGUGUAUUUAUGUAGUAUUUUCUUCCAAUGUUUUUAAUGUGAGGCAUUUAGUGCUGUGCUAUAGUUGAAGUGUCAGGGACACACAGCGGUGUCUCAGACAUACGGCAGUGUCUUCGCAGCAAAGACAACAAAAACCAGAUCAAUGCCAGGACGAUGGGAGGAACAUCGUUGAUUUAAAACUUCACGGAAAGCAUCAACUCAUGUUAGUCUCAGGGAAUCACUCAUAUCACCAAGUGAUGGGUGAAACCGAAGAUGAAUUGUGUUUUCCACCUGCUUUCUCUCCUCUUUCACCACC